AUGACCAGAAAACCCACUCCGACCGUUGGCCUCGACCGGCCAUGGGCUUCCCACCUGUCUGCCCAGCUGCCGGAUCCCUUUACACCUCCAGUUCCCCAGGCCUCGGCUCCGCCAACUCCUACCGGUGAGAUCCGCCCCGAGGACUACUCGAAACCGUACUGCGAUUUCAUGACUUCCAACCCGACAAUCUUCCAUGCUGUGAAGUCAUUUUCCAAGCAGUUGGAGCAACACGGCUACAAGUAUCUCUCUGAGCGCAAGGCCUGGACCUCCGAGCUGAAGCGAGGCGGCAAGUUCUACUGCAGCCGCAAUGGCAGCUCGCUGAUCGCGUUCAACAUUGGCCAAGACUACCAGAGUGGCAAUGGUAUGGCCAUUGUGGCUGGUCACGUUGAUGCCCUGACAGCCAAGCUGAAGCCCGUAUCAAAGGUGCCCAACAAGGCAGGCUUUGAGCAGCUUGGUGUCGCUCCGUAUGCCGGUGGCCUGGGCCCAACUUGGUGGGAUCGUGAUCUUGGCAUUGGAGGCCGGGUUCUGGUUCGCGAUCCGCAGACUGGCAAGGUCGAGAUCAAGCUGGUCAAGCUGGAUUGGCCGAUUGCUCGGAUUCCUACUUUAGCACCUCAUUUUGGGUCUGUCGCGAAUGGGCCAUUCAACCAGGAGACGCAGAUGGUGCCUGUCAUUGGCACUGACAACUCGGAUCUGUUUGAGCACCAGGCUCCGACCGCGUCUUCCAAUAUUAAGCCCGGGUCUUUUGCUUCCACUCAGCCCGAAAAGCUGGUCAAAAUAAUCUCCAAGGAGAUUGGAGUCACCGACUAUAGCACGAUUGUCAGCUGGGAACUGGAGCUUUUCGAUAGCCAGCCUGCUCAGCUCGGUGGGUUGGAGAAAGACUUCAUCUUCGCUGGCCGGAUUGACGACAAGCUUUGCUGCUAUGCUGCGCAGGAGGCACUAAUCGCAUCAUCGGACAGCACAUCCACCGGUACGGUCAAGAUGGUUGGCAUGUUUGACGACGAGGAGAUUGGAAGCUUGUUGCGACAAGGAGCCCGAUCGAACUUCAUGAGCAGCGUCAUGGAGCGCAUCACCGAGGCCUUUGCGACGGACACCUACGGUCCUAACCUCUUCUCUCAGACUGUGGCCAACAGCUUCCUGGUUUCAUCCGAUGUUAUCCAUGCAGUCAACCCCAAUUUCCUUAACGUCUACCUGGAGAAUCACGCCCCUCGUCUCAAUGUUGGUGUGGCGGUUUCGGCCGACUCUGACGGCCACAUGACGACGGACAGCGUCAGCUUUGCGAUCCUGAAGCGCGUCGCCGACCGCUGCGGCUCAAAGCUGCAGGUUUUCCAAAUACGCAACGAUUCGCGCAGCGGCGGUACUAUCGGACCUAUGACCAGUGCUCGCAUUGGUAUGCGGGCUAUUGACUGUGGUAUUCCACAGCUGAGCAUGCAUAGCAUCCGUGCGACCACAGGGUGCCUCGAUCCUGGGCUGGGAGUUAAGAUGUUCAAGGGCUUCUUUGAUCACUUUGAGGAGGUGGAUAAAGAGUUUGCUGAUUUCUAG